AUUAUUUAUCUGCACUAUAAUUUUGAAAAUUUUAAAAAUACAUGUACACUCCGUAAAAUAAAGUCUAUCUCUUGGAUGGGAACCGACAGCCAACAUGGCCUCACAAGUUUGCUAUCCUCACCUUAACCACAUCCAACACAAAGAGAAUCGUCUUCCAAGAAUUCCUCCUUCUCCAGCUCAACAACACAACCCACAGAACGCAUACCCCCUUAAUCAAGAGACACCACAAGUAUCACUUUGUCUGGGCAAGAGAAAGCUGAAUUUCUCAUUUCUUGCACUGAUCCUAAAUGGGGUUUUCCCAAAUAAUUCUAAAGCUAUGUCGGACCAGGAACUGAAACUGGAGACAUACACAGAUUCUAAGGAGGGCUUCACUCUCCUCAGACCCUCUUCCUAUAUAAUGGUUGAUAAAGCAGGGGCAACCGUUCUAUUUCAGGAGGCAAAAAAUGGAAGUAAUAAUGUUGGGGUUGUGGUGAACCCAGUUCGUCUUACCAGCCUCGGAGAAUUUGGGACUCCUCAGUUCGUGGCAGAGAAGCUUAUCCAAGCAGAAAAGCGCAAGGAAAGUACAAAGGGUGCCGAGGUAAUUGGAGUUGCAGAGCGUGCGGGGAAUGGAGGUCUGCAAGUAUAUGAAUUCGAGUACAAGGUUGAUAGCACCAGGGGAGGAAUGAAGAGGAUCUUCUCAGCUGCUUUUGUGGCAUCUAAGAAGCUCUAUCUUCUAAAUAUUGCUCAUUCAGACAAGACAGAAAGUCCUCUUGAUGCUCAUACAAGAAUGAUGUUGGAACAAGUUCUUCAUUCCUUUGAUGCAGCACCCGUUACAUGACUUCAUUGACACAUUUUAUUGACACAGCAUAAGAUUCCAUUGUUGUGCUUCAGUCUCUUAAGUCUUAGGUAAUUGCUACACAUUCAUUUUAUAUCUUUGCUUAUGUUGGAGGGGAAGAUACCGGCUGUAAGAGACAAUGUUGACAUUUAGCAUUGCAUUUGGAUGAAGCAUUGGGAAUUUCUAUGGAAUUUAUAAAAUAUAAUCAGAGAAGUUCUCAGCCAAAUAAGGUAGUGAGAGAUUGGGAAAAUCAGAUGUGAAUCUCCUUUUAGUGGAAAUAAAGGAUUCUCAAGUUGAGUUGUAUAGUACACAAGUAAAGAAAUGGAAAAGAAUUAA